AAGCCCUCUCCAGCGCUCGCCAUGCCCGACCACAACGCCCUCCUCGCCCACAUCGUCGCACAGACCCGCCAGAACGUCGAGUUCCUCAUCGCCCAGAACGAGAUCCCCCGUGCCGCAGGCUACGACAUCCUCGCAAAGCUCCCUCCCGCCUCGUCCUCCGACUCCUCCGUCCUCGCCCUCGCCGACCAGACGAGGCGCCUCACCAUCCCCGAGCCCUCUGUGCGCUCAUCGUCUCCAUCUUCCAUCUCUGACUUAGGUCCGCCCGCCCGCCGCGGCAUCCCGCCUGCGCCCUCGCGCCACCCCCGCGCCAAGGCCCUGUGGGGCUACAACGAGAGCGGCCAGGAGCAAAACGACCUCUCCUUCCGCGCAGGCGAUAUCGUCGAAAUCGUCGCCGAGACCAACGCCGACUGGUGGACCGGCAAGAUCAACGGCCGCCAGGGCCUCUUCCCCUCCAACUACGUCGAGAAGCUCUCCGACAGCUCCUCCUCUUACGUGUCCCCGCCCGCGUUCUCCCCGCCCCCGGACACCCGCGGCCCGCCCCAGUCCUCAUACAGCCCCGCGUACCCUCAGUCGAGCUACCAGCAGCCCCCACCCCCGUCUUCGGUGUACCAGUCCGGCCCUCCCGUGCAGUACCAACAGCCCCCACCGCCGCAGGCGUACAACCCGUACAUGGGCCCGCCGAUGCAGCCGCCGCCGCCGCAACAGCAGCAGGUAGUACAGCAGCAGGAGGCGCCGCAACCCAAGCCGAGCAAGUUUGGGGGGCUCGGCCAGACCCUCGCAACGUCGGCUGCUGGCGGUGUCGGUUUCGGUGCAGGAUCGGCUGUUGGCAGUGGCCUCAUCAACGCGAUCUUUUAGAGCAUCGCUACCCGUCUUUGGCAUGAUUGCCCCCUCGCUUGUUUGUACCUAUAUUUCCACGCGCCCCAUCGUGUGUAGAUCUUACUCUCGUUCUCGGUUGUCUGACUCUGUUCAAUUCUUUUACAUGAAUUGUGUGUGGAAUACACAGUGGACAGUUGGUUCCGUUGGAUUUU